GCGGAUACGGCGACCCUUGAGCGCUUGAGAGUCGUUCCAAAUCACGGCCUCUGAUAGACAUCUGUCUCACUCAGCAACUCGCCCCGCGCCGACCUCUGUUUUACGGACUUCCUGGUGACGCUCUAGUUGGGCGCCGAAAGCUUUAGCGCUUAGUAAAGGUUCCAUUCACUCGCACGGGUAGUCGUGGAGUCGAGUUGGUAUCUCUCUCGGCUCAUGUACCAGGUUGGACACAUCAUGUCAAAAGCAGCGCGCAUCCUGCAAGCCAAGCAUGAACCAGCCUAUACAAGCGGCAGAUCGAUGCGUAGCUGUGUCUGUCCGCAAACAGUAUUGAGCUCACAGGGAUCCGUAUGUUGUGCUACCAUGCCGCCAAUGGAGACUUAAAUAGCUCGACUUCCCUCCUCGCAUCACUGCUCGUCAGCCUACCUCGCCCACGUCAACAUGUCCACCCAACCCCGCGGUGUGCAUCUCGUAGGUAGCAUCAACCUCGGGACAACAUCUGACGUCUUCACCCAAAUCCCUCCUCUUCUCGCCGGCCAUCUGCGCCGCCUGCCCGAUGGAGAGCCAGCGCCCCGGAACAUCUUCACUCGCUGGCAGAAGGAAGUCGCUGCGUCGGCGCCUGAAGUCCUACUCAAGCGGGACGAGAGAGGAUACUUUAUCCCAGGACCCUCCGGCCUCAAUCCUUCUCAAGUCUCAUCUGCGCUCGAGAAGCUGCAAACACUACAUACCGGGUACGAUGACUACGCGCUGGAAUCCUACGCACUGUUCAAGCAGAGGAAGGACGAGGGAAUCAUCCCACCCCAUAUCUGUUUCCAAGUCUGCCUCCCAGGCCUCGUCAACGUAAUGACGAUUUUCGCAACCGACUUUCAACAAGCCCUCGAACCGCGCUACGAAGACGCGCUCACGCGCUCUCUCAACCGCAUCCAAGACUCCAUCCCGCACUCAGACCUGGCCAUCCAGAUAGACGCCGCGAUCGAAUUCGCGUACCUCGAGGGCGUCGAACCCUUGGUCCCUUACUUCGAUCCCGUAUUCCCUGGAGUAGUUGACCGCCUUUCACGCUUCGCGAACCGUGUGGCGCCAGACGUGGAGCUCGGGUUCCAUCUCUGCUAUGGCGAUCUCAAUCACAGGCACUUCAUCGAGCCUAAGGAUAUGGGGCUGCUGGUCAAGGUCGCGAAUGCGCUGCACAAGGAGGUUGGGAGAAGUAUAACAUGGCUCCACAUGCCCGUGCCAAAGGGAAGGACGGAUAGAGAGUAUUAUGCGCCGCUGCAGGGUUUGGAGUGGGAAGGGGAGGAAUUGCAUCUGGGCCUGGUGCACGAGGGCGACGAGGAGGGGACGCGGGAGCGCAUUGAGAUGGCGAGGAGCGUGUUGGGGGAGAGGGGCUUCGGCGUUGCGACGGAGUGCGGCAUGGGCAGGACGCCGGUCGAACACUUUGGUAAUAUCAUGGAGACGCUGAGGAGUGUGAGUGCGCCUGUCGCAUGAGUAGGAAGGAUAGCUGCCAGCCUUGAGCGGCUUUGUUUGUCCCAAGUGCGGACA